UAUAAUUCAGGAAGAACCUUACUCUUUUCAAAAAUAGGUGGGGAUUACAUUUAUUUACAGAAUUACAUUAUUUUGAAAGGAAAUUAUUAUAAACUUGAGCACUUAUCGAGUGUGGAUAGCGAGCAAAUAGAUAUAUCUCCCAUCACCUGCCAAUUCAUCACCAUUCCAACCCAGCCACCCCACCGGUGUGGUCAGACCAGGUCUGGCCCGUUGGCAUGGCGAUGAUGGAGGAAGGGGCGCGGAGCUGCCUGCUUCAGUCACGCUCCAGCCUGGAGCAGGACAUCAGGGCUUCCUACCUGAUGGAUCACAUGAUCAGUGACGGUGUGCUGACUGGGGACGAGGAGGACAGGAUCAGGAGCAAGCCCACCAGGAGAGAGCAGGCGGCGGCCCUGCUGGAGCUGCUCCUGAGGAAGGAUAACCAGGCCUACAUCUCCUUCUACAAUGCCCUGGUCCGCGAGAGCUACGGAGACCUGGCCAGCCUGCUCCACAACAGCCUGCCCCUGGUCUCCCCUGAGGCUGAGAAGAGCUUCUCAGACGGUGGCACCCGCUAUGUUCAGGUGGUGCUGAGUGAGGGCGGCGUGCCCCAGAGACCCGUGGUGUUUGUGAGCCGGCCAGCCCUGAUGAACCGGGUCAGGGAGAAGCUCUACCGCUUGCAGAAGGAGCCCGGCUGGGUCACUGUGUUCGGCAUGGCCGGCUCCGGCAAGUCUGUCUUGGCUGCGGAGGCAGUCCGAGACCACGCACUCAUCACAGAGUGUUUUCCAGGAGGAGUCCACUGGCUGUCCAUAGGCCAGCUGGACCGGUCUGACCUGCUGGUUAGGAUCCAGUCACUGUGUUUCCGCCUGGAGCAGCAGAGCCAGGAGAAAGACCCCUCGUCCUCCCUCCACCGGCCUCCUGGCUCUCUGGAAGAGGCCAAGGAGCGACUACGCUUCCUCAUGCUCCGUCGUUACCCCAGGUCGUUGCUGAUACUGGAUGACAUCUGGGACAGCUCGGUGCUCAAGGCCUUUGACAUCCAGUGUCGAGUACUGCUCACCACCCGAGACAGAAGCCUAGCCGACUGUGUCAGCGGUCCUAAGUCUGAGGUGGCAGUGGAGAGUGGUCUGGAGGAGGAUCAGGCCUUGGAGAUCCUCGCCCUGUAUGUCAACAGGAAACCCCAGAGACUCCCAGAACAGUCCCGCAGCAUUGUCCGAGAGUGCAAAGGCUCUCCCUUGGUGGUGUCCCUAAUCGGGGCCCUGCUGCGGGAGUUCCCGGACCGCUGGGCCUACUACCUGCACACGCUCCAGCAGAAGAAGUUCAAGCGUAUCCGUAAGUCAUCUUCGUAUGACUACGAUGCCCUUGACCAGGCCAUGGCUGCCAGCAUCCAGGUCCUGUCUGAGGAACACAGGGAGCUGUACAUUGACCUCACCGUGCUGGAGAAGGACGUCAAAGUACCUGCCAAGGUUCUGUCAGUUCUGUGGGAUCUAGAACCGGAGGAGGUGGAGGACGUUCUCCAGGACUUUGUGAAUAAGUCCCUACUGUUCCGUGAUUGUCACCACCGGCCCUACCUCUACUACCUCCAUGACCUCCAGCUGGACUUCCUGGCUGAGAUGAACCGCUCUGGCCUAGAGAGCCUCCACACCAAGGUGGUGCGUCAGUACCAGCAGCGCUACAGCAAGGGUCCUCCCACCUCAGGAGAUGAAGAGUGCCUCUACUGGUUCAGAUUCCUCACCUACCACAUGGCCAAGGCCAACCUCACACAGGAGUUGUACUCUCUGAUGUUCUCUCUGGACUGGGUCAGAACUAAAGCUCAGAUUAUGGGACCGGCUCAUCUCAUCAAUGACUAUUUGGAGUAUAGCACCAUACUGGACAAAGAGAACAGCGAGGUGCGGGGCCACUUCCAGGAGUUCCUGUCUCUGAACGGCCACCAGUUGGAGCAGCGUCCGUUCCCUGACGUAGUGCAGCUGGCCCUGUCCCAGCCAGACUCCUCUGAGGUGUACCGCCAGGCCCUGCUGCAGGCGCAGGAGAGGGCCACCAGAGGGGGACUCUACCUUGACUGGGUGAACAAAAGUAGUCUGAAGAGCCUGUCUCGUCUGGUGGUCCAGGCCCACCAGGGAUCCAUCUACUCUGCCUGCUUCUCCCACGACGGCACCAAGAUCGCCUCCUGUGGCUCCAGCAAGACACUGCGAGUGUUUAAGAGCACAUCUGGGGAGAAGCUGCUGGAGAUCCAGGCCCACGAUGAUGAGGUGCUCUGCUGCGCCUUCUCCCCGGAUGACCGUCUCCUAGCAACCUGCUCCAGUGAUAGGAAGGUCAAGGUUUGGAAUGUGGAGCGUGGGACUCUGAUGAGGAUGUUUGAGGACGAACACGAGGAGCAGGUCAACCACUGUCAGUUCACCAACACACGCCGACGCCUCCUACUGGCCACCUGUUCCAACGACAAGUUCAUGAACACCAAGCUGUGGAACAUCAAUAAACCCUCCUCCCAGAACACCAUGUUUGGUCAUUUGGAGCCUGUCAAUCACUGCUGUUUCUCCCCUGAUGACGUCUACCUCUCCACCUCUUCCAUCGAUGGAACCCUGAAGCUGUGGGAGGUGUCCUCGGCUAAUGAGUGGAAGUCCAUAGACGUGGCGGACAUGUUCCCGGAGCAGAGAGAGCAGACGGAGGUCAUGGUGAAGUGCAGCACCUGGUCAGCAGACGGCAGGACCAUCAUCUGUGCUGCCAGGAACGCAGUCUUUGUGUUUGAUGUAGAGACGGCAGCCAUGUUGUUGGAGAUCCGGACCAGUCGUCUGAGCACGGUCCAGUACUGUCACGCCUGCCCCAGCAGCAACCUGGUGGCCAUCGCACUGUCACACUAUGCUGUGGAGCUGUGGGACAUAGAGACCAGUAAGAAGAUGGCUGACUGUAGUGGUCAUCUGAGCUGGGUCCAUGGAGUCCAGUUCUCCCCUGACGGAUCUCUACUGCUCUCCUGUUCUGACGACCAGACCGUCAGGGUGUGGGAGACUAAUAAAGUCCACACCUCCUCGGCUGUCUGUCUGAAGAGGGACUCUGACGUGCUCUUUAACAACGGUGACAUUACUGUGGUCGCUGCCGACAACCGCAACAGACUGCAGGUGAGGAAUGGGAGGACCGGAGCGGUGAUGUUCCAGUCAGAGAACCAGGAGUCUCGUAUCCGCUGCACUGCGAUCUGCUCACAGACCUCAGCCGUGGGGCUGGGACGAGAGGAUGGGACGAUACAGGUGUUGGAGGUGCCGUCGGGGACCUCUCUAGCCACUCUUCAGGGUCACACCAGGGCAGUUCUCCACUGCCAGUUCACCCCGGAGGGACACACACUCAUCACCUCCUCUGAGGACACCACCAUACGGGUGUGGAGGUGGAGGACAGGUGAGUGUGUGGUUCUGGAGGGCCACAAGGAGCAGGUCAGAUGCUUCUCUCUGCUCACCACCUCACCCUCCUCAGAGACACAUCUCCUCAGCUGGUCCUUUGACGGCACCAUCAAGGUGUGGGACAUGUCUAGUGGUGAACGGCUGCAGGAUCUAGUGUGUCACCAGGGGGCGGUGCUAGCCUGUGACGUGUCGCCUGACGGACAGCUCUUCGCCACCACCUCCGCUGACAAGACUGCCAAGGCCCCAGAGUCUGCAACACCACUAAGCAAGGGCUACCACCAAGCAAGCAGCACUAUGAAGACCAAGGAGCUCUCCAAACAGGUGUGGAGCAGUGCAUCGUGGGAGUGCGUGCGCCUGUUGAACGGCCACCAGGAUUGUGUCCGCAGCUGCCGCUUCUCUUGGGACGGCCGGCGCCUAGCAACCGGCGACGACAACGGAGAGAUACGGCUGUGGAACGUGAAGGAUGGUACUCUGCUUAAGAUCUGUUCCCGUGACAACAAGGACGCCAUGGACUCUCUGCACGGAGGCUGGGUGACCGACCUGCACUUCUCCCCAGACAACACUGUGCUGCUGUCUACAGGAGGAUACAUUAAGUGGUGGAACGUGGAGAAAGGAGAGGCCCUCCAGACCUUCUACCCGACAGGAGCCAAUCUGAAAAGGAUCCACGUGUCACCUGACUUCUCCACCUUCGUCACCAUCGACAAUAUCGGAAUCCUCUACAUCCUUAAGAAGGUGGAAUGAGAGGGAGGCAUAGCUCAUUAGUCUAAAGUGGUUUACUUAUAGCUCAUUAGUCUAAAGGGGGCGUAGCUCAAUAAUGGAAAUAGUUCUCGACUCCUCUCCUUGCAUUGAUCUGAAAGAGCCAGACAGGUGAGAGCCAAUGUCCGUUAGUCAUCUGCCAUGUUGCUUUAGCCUGCGUUCUCAGAUCAGAGUAGGUGAAGAACAGGAGAUCUUCAAAAGGACAAUCAUUUCUCCUGCUCUGCCUUCUGCAUAACACAACAGUCACACAAUCACAACAAAAUACAUCAUUUCUCCUGCUCUGCCUUCUGCAUAACACAACAGUCAAACAAUCACAACAAAAUACAUCAUUUCUCCUGCUCUGCCUUCUGCAUAACACAACAGUCAAACAAUCACAACAAAAUACAUCAUUUCUCCUGCUCUGCCUUCUGCAUAACACAACAGUCACACAAUCACAACAAAAUUGAUAUCCUGACAAAAUGAACUAUUAUGCUUUUCUUAUUGUAUCAGGGGACCAUAGACAAAAUGCAUUUGAUUCUUACUGCACUGGGGUAAAUUGUAUGCAAUAUGGAGAGAUUUUUCUAUGCUCUUUUUAACUAGGAAAAUCUAUGCUAUAAUGAAAUGCACCAGCAUUAUCUGUUGUGAUUCUACAGUGAUGUUGUCAACCACAGUGAAUUGGUUUUGUAUUUCUAAGUGCCCAAAGAAUCUUUUGCUUUGCUGAUGUCGUGGCGCUCUGCAAAUGGUCAUGAUUGUGUUCUGUCGUCUUAAACAAAGUACAUGUAUUUUUCCCUGUGAAGUUCGGCGGCAGGGAGCCUAGCGAUUUAAGAGCGUUGUGCCAGUAACCUAAAGGUUGCUGGUUCAAAUCUCUGAGUCGACUGGGUGAAAAUCUCUCUAUGCCCUUCAGCAACGCACUUAACCCUAAUUUGCUCUUGUAAGUCGCUCUGGAUAAGAGCGUCUGUUGACGCAAAUGUAAAGGUCUAAACCUGUGUUUUUGGACUAACUAAAACCUUAAAGAUGGAUUCCAUAGUAUGGGGAAGCCUACCCACCACUUAAAAAAAAAAAUCAAACCUUGACCUAAGGCAUUUGUCAGAAUAGCAUCUGUCGACUAUGUUUACUAUCAAGUUCAACACUGUUUAGGACAUUUUAUACACUAAUUAUAUCAUUAGAGACAGUUUUUUUUUGUACAAGUCCUUUUUUAUUGUAUAUAUCUUGCUUUCAUACAUUUAGUUUUCUUAUUACUACUGAUCCACGCUCCAGUGAUCUUUGUAGGAAGGCACUAUGAUUUAUCUCUUGUGGUCUAUAUCAAGAACAUGGCCUUGUUCCAAUACUUUUACAAUGCGUCCUUACUUCCUCGCUUCCUUCCUUCCAUCGUUGCUUGUCGUCAUCUCUGAUCUGACGCUAUUGAAUAGCUGACUGAUUGCUUCCACUUCACGGUUGACAAUCCAGAGUCAUUUCAAAUCUGUGAAUUUUUGAAAGGACAGGAUGCAUUUUCAAAGUAUUCAAUCUGGGCCUUGUUUUUGAUGUCAGAACAUGUGCUCUUAACCUAUUGGUGCUUUAAACUCAGUGUGCAAGUAAAACAUCAGAGGAGGUCUCCCUGUCAAUCAAACCUGUAAAGUCACGAGGUGAUCUCAGGACAUGAAUACUGUUAUGGUAAAGUGCUUGUGUGUGGUCUGUAAUGUAUAACGUUUUAUUCUCUAAGGUAUUAUAAGACAGCAGGUGGCUUACAUACUCCUCUAAAUUUGUCGUUAAAUCAUUUGAUGUUCACUGUCCAGAGCAUAGGGUAGUAUUUGAUCUACACUGAACAAAAAAAACACAUGUCAAGUGUUGGUCCCAUGUUUCAUGAGCUGAAAUAAAACAUUCCUGAAAUUUUC